AUGCUCAACGGUCGCAGUGAGGCGAUUGCUAUCGUCACCUCCAUCUUCCUGGUCCUGUCGCUGGUCACCGUGGGCUUGCGAUGUUUCGUUCGUGCGCGCGUGGUGCGCGCCUUUGGGCUGGAUGACUGGACGAUGGUCGCCGCCGUGGCCCUCAACCUAGCAUUCGCCAUUUGCACUCUCAUUGGUUGCUCCUAUGGGAUGGGCCAGAAGACGGAAUACUUUGAGUUGCACCAGGACUAUUACCGUCGAGCUCUCCUGUGCUGGUGGCUCGGUCAAAUCUUCUAUGUCAUCACCUGCGUCGUCGCCAAAAUGUCCAUCAUCGUCUCCCUCCUGCGCAUCACCAUUGACCGAGUACACAUCCUCAUCCUCUACGCCGCCAUGGCCCUGGCCCUGAUUGUGGGCCUUCUCUUCUUCUUCUUCACCAUCUUCGAAUGCACUCCGGUAGACUUCUUCUGGAACCGAUUUACUGAGCAGGGGAAGUGCAUCGAUACGGAUAUCCUGAUCGCCAUUGCGUACACAUACAGUGUGGGUGCGGCCGUCACCGAUUUCACUAUUGGAAUAAUGCCAGUAUUCAUCAUCUGGUCCCUGCGGAUGAAUGCCCGGACGAAAAUGGCCAUUGCAGGGAUUUUGGGGAUCGGAUGCAUCGCCAGCGCGGCCGUAAUUGUUCGGAUUCCGUUUAUUCACAAUUACAAGGAUCCCGACUUUUUCUAUGCAACCUACCAAAUCUCAAUCUGGAGUAACGUCGAAGCCGGACUGGGCAUCACGGCAGGCUCGCUCACCACCCUACGUCCUCUGGUUCGCUUCCUUCGUGACGGCUCUUCGGCCUCACGAAGUCAUCAACGACAACCAGGUUCAUAUCCCCUAUCCGGAAAUAUGCCCAAGGGGCUCACGCGCCGGUCGAAACCCGAUGAGGGGGGUGAAGACGCACGUCGACUGUGGACGGGAAUGGCGGACGAGGAGUAUCAGGGCGUCACAACUACGAUCACAGGGACCCAUCCUACGAAGCGGGGGGGGAGCGAGGAGAGUCUAACCAGUUGA